AUGCAAAAAAACGUUCUCGCCAACCACAUUGCUACAUUGCUACCUCCACUGUUUGACGUGGAAAAAGGUAGUAGCGCAAUGAAGUCGGACGAUAAAGAACAGUUUGUCAUCCCUGGUUGGAUUCCCUCCUUGCCAGUUCCAAACUUUAAGGGUAAGGUUGACCCGCCAACUUAUGAGGAAAUUACAGCAAUCAUUAGUGGAAUCAAAUCCAGAGCUUUUCCAUGCCCGCUGGAUCAGACAUUAUGUUCAAGAAAUGCCCUAUUCUCAGAACUUACCUUCACAAACUACUGUUACUGUUGGGCCUUGUUUAGUAUUCUAAAUCAAAGAAUUUUAAGCUUGAUAGCAAAUCUGAAUCAAAAAUAUAAAUCAAUAAAAAAGAACAUGAGAAAGUCGCAAGAAAAAACGCUCGCGUUUAGAGAAGUCAGUGAGAAAACUUUGUUUGACAUAUCUGCAUGCAAGUGUGGUGAAGAUUUUGAUAAUUGUUUUUGUAAAAACAAAGUGCCUAAAAGAGAAAGAGAUUUUUUAACCGACCAAAGAACAGUGCGUAAGAUGAUAAUUGGCAAUACAGAUAAAAAAAUUAGUCAAAGUCUACAGAAAAGUCUGGCGAGAAAAGCCAAAGAAGAAGCCAGAUUGUCGAAGAUUGAAGGUCCUUGUGCAAAAAAACAGAAAUGUGACAACCUGGCUUUCGAUGAAGCAGUAGAAAGAAUGAUAAAAUUAGUUACAGAAGCGUCACUUUCAGUUUGUGGAGAAAAAGCAAGAGAUGGCUUUAUUCGUACUAAACUUGCAUCUCAAAAUGAUAUACCAAAAUUUGAAACUAAAAAACACUUCAUUAUUUAA